AGUAACUGGAAUUUUAGCAGAGCUGAAUGGGUUUGCCACAUGUUCUCGCUGUGCCUUACCCUGCUCAAGGCCAUGUCAUUCCCCUCAUGGAGCUCUGCCACUGCUUGGUAGAUCACGGCUUCAAGGUCACCUUCAUCAAUACCGAAUUCAACCACAAGCGCGUCCUCACCGCGUUGUCUGCGGGGAGCACCAUGGAGCAGAUCGCUCUGGUCACAGUCCCCGACGGAUUAGGGCCGGAGGAAGACCGGAACGAUCUCGCGAGGCUCACGGAAGCAUUCAUGAACGUGAUGCCGCGGUGCUUGGAGGAACUAAUCGAGAAGAGCAGAGAAACAGAGGAUCCGAUGACUUGCAUGUUGGUGGACUAUAGCAUGGGAUGGGCGCUCGAGGUUGGCCGGAAGAAGAGUCUCCAGUCAGUCGCGUUCUGGCCGGCGGCGGCCCAGAUGCUGGCCAUUUUGCUGAGCGUUCCGGAGUUGGUUUCGAGAGGCGUCAUCGAUGGCGAUGGCUCGCCAAUCUCAGAACAUGAGACGUUCCAGCUCGGCCCCGGCAUGCCAUUCAUCAACGCUUCCCACUUUAUAUGGAACCUAAUUGGAGGUGGCAGAACCAAAGAAAUAAUCUUUAACUGUAUCCUCAACAGCAACAGGGUCAUCGACGUCGCGGAGUUCAUCAUCUGCAACUCCUUCAAAGAGAUCGAAGAGCCAACCUUCUGCUACAAUCCAAAGAUUCUUCCCAUCGGGCCGCUGCUUACUGGCCUGCGGCCGAGCCGCGCAGUGGGGUACUUCUGGCCGGAGGACGCGGCCUGUUUGUCGUGGCUCGACGAGCAGCAGCAGGGUUCCGUCGUCUACGUGGCUUUCGGGAGCUUCACCAUCUUCGACUGCCGCCAGUUCCAGGAGUUCGCGCUUGGGCUGGAGGCGACCGGCCGACCGUUCUUGUGGGUGGUCCGGCCCGAUCUCACCCGCGACACUGCCGAUGCUUAUCCGGAUGGAUUCAAAGAGCGUGUCGGAAACAGAGGGAGGAUUGUGGCUUGGGCACCGCAACAGAAGGUGCUGGCUCACCCUUCUGUGGCUUGCUUCGUGUCUCACUGCGGUUGGAACUCCACCAUGGAAGGCGUCAGGAACGGGAAGCUCUUCCUCUGUUGGCCAUAUUUUGCGGACCAAUUCCUGAACCAGAGCUACAUUUGUGACGAUUGGAAGGUGGGUCUGCGCUUGACGCCUGACGAGAGUGGGAUCGUUAAGCGGGAACAGAUCAAAUCCAAGGUAGAAGAGUUGCUUCCAAACGAGGAAAUGACAGCAAGAGCAUCGACGUUGAAGGAGACCGCUCAAAAGAACAUUAAAGAAGGAGGCGCUUCGUUCGAGAAUCUGAAAACCUUUAUCGAUGCUAUCAAGGCACAGCACAGUAAUUUGAAGAACAAAUUAAGUGUUUGAUAUCUUCUCGCAUGCCUGAUUUGAAGAACAAAAUUGAAUAAACUCCCAGAUUUGAUCGAUGGUUUCUCAUAGAUAAUGACGUCAUUCUGGGCGUUGGUGUUGCCGAGGAUUUGCCUCA